AUGAUUAAAUCUGUAUUAAAACAACAAGUGCGUCUGGUGAGCGCGUUUUCAAAUCGAAUCUGGAGUAUUAGAGCUACAGGAGUAGUCGUGAAACGCGCGUGUUCCCAUCCUCAACAUCAAUUACAUACCAGACCUCAACUUGUACCGGCUAUGGUAUUGCCUCAAGUCUUUAAGCGCAACUUGUUCGACCGUAGGCGUCCAGGUGACUGGACGUGUAACGAGUGUGGUACGCUCAACUUUGCCAAUCGAACAGAGUGUUUUGGAUGUAAAGCCAUUCCAAAGGAACGGGAAGUUGCCCCUGGUGACUGGUUAUGUCCAAAUUGUUCGUUUUACAACUAUUCAUCACGAGGAACUUGUUUCAAGUGUAAUACACUAGCCCCACCAGAAUCGGAGCGUGGAUAUGCCCCAGAACGUCGCG